GCCACGGAACCUGGUGGGCAUCUCCUGGAGACGGGCGGACAUUGGGUCUCAGCAACCAUGCCCAGAGUCACGAAGGACACCGUGCACCCCUUGGGGGCAGAGGAGUCAAGCAUGGCUCGGGCUGUGGUCCGCAGCAUGGGGGGUUUUGGCCUGGGCUUGUCCCUGGCCACGGCCUACGGGCUCCUGCAGCUGCUGGUGGAAGGACACAGCCCCUGGGGCUGCCUGGUGGGCACCCUCACUCUGGCCGCCUUCCUUAGCCUGGGCAUGGGGUUCUCACGCCAGGUCCGGGUCACUGUCCUCUUGCUGCUGCCCCAGGCCUUCUCCAAGCAGGGCCGGACACUGCUGCUGGUGGCGGCCUUCGGGUUGGUGCUACAGGGACCCUGUGCCAACACCCUGCGCAACUUCACCCAGGCCAGCGAGGCCGUGGCCUGUGGGGCCGAGCUGGCCUUGAACCAGACCGCCGAGGUGCUGGAGCGGGCCAAGCAGCCCCUCGUCAGUGCCCUGAACAAGAUUAAAGCCAUUGCCCGGAAGGCCAAGGAGGUGGCCGACCGGGUCCGCAAGUUCUUUCGGUCCAUCAUGGAUGGUGUGAAGCAUGUCGCCAGGGCCCUGCGGAACGUGUGGUACUGGAUCCUGCACAUCGGCGACGUGUGCAACGCGGAGCUGGGCAACCCUUACCUCAAGUGCACGCGGGUCUUCGAAGAUGCCAAGGACAGCUGCAUGCAGGUCAUACCACAAGCCUACCACCUGUGCCACGUGCUCUUGCCCUUCAAGCUAGUGCUCUGCGGGCUGGCCAGUGUGGUCCAGGUGUUCUGCGUCAUCCCCAAGUACAUCCAAACCUUCUUGCACAAGACCCUCAGCACCCCUGUGAGGAACUUAAUUAACCGGGUGCGCCGGGAGUUCGAGUUCAAUGUGACAGCCACCCACCACUUCUCCGUGGACCUCAACGCCUCUCGGAGCCUGUCCCAGGUGGCCCUGGACCUCCAUGAAGCGGUCAGCAUGAAGCUGCACCGAGUCCGAGAGGUCCUGGCCCUGAUGGGCUACACCACACCUCUGCUGCUCUCCGUCCUCUACCUCCAAGCUCUGUUCUACCGGUACUGUUACCUGAACUGGGUCAGUUUCGACAACGUGUACAUCACCAGCCGAUUCCUGCACAUGGAGGCCGUCCGCUCCGAGGCGGGGCUGCCCACGGUGCUGCCACUGAGCGCCCACGAGGCCAGACAGUACAUCCGGCCCAGCUCCGUCUUCCUGUCCCGGUGGGAGCAGAUCUUUUAUACCCUGGCAAUCUUCAGCCUUGCCCGGCACCUCCUCCUUGUGCUGGUCCUCGUCUUCCUGGACUAUGCUGUUUUCUGGGUGCUCGACCUGGCCCGGUACCAGCUGCAGGGGGACGUUGUGGCCCGCAGCCCCGUGUUACUGUCCAUAACCGUGGAGGGCGCUGGCUACACCGGGAAGAUUUACCGGGACCUGGUGUCCGCGUUUGAUGUCCUGCAGCAAAGCAACAUCAGCAUCUUGUCCCGGCGCUGCCUGCUGCGCCCCUCGGAGCCCAGCACCACCGGUUACGUCGUCAUCGGCGUUAUGCUCGGCCUCUGCUUCUUUGUUACGCUGUCCGGCAACUACGUCAGUCGGCUGCGGAGGGUCAUCUGUGCGUCCUACUACCCAUCGCGGGAGCAGGAGAGGAUCACCUACCUCUACAACCUACUUCUGAGCCGCCGAACCAGUCUGCCGGCGACCGUGCAGCGAGCAGCGAGGCGGCGGGCAGCUGACCAGGGUCGCACGAGUGUCCUUCAGCUGCUGGCCGGGCGGUGCUCCUGUCUGGGCCCGGUGGUCAGCCACUUCUGGCAGCUCCAGGAUCACUGUCUGGGCUGUGGGCGGCCCCACGACCAGGAGGACACGGAGAACUCUGUGUCCUGCAGUACCCCGGGCUGCCGAGGCCUCUUCUGCUCCACCUGUUUCCGUCUCCUGGACAACACCUGCUCGGUGUGCGCGGCUCCCCUCUCCCAGCAGGGGGGCCUGGACCUGGAGCUGGACUCCAGUGACGAGGAGGGCCCCCGGCUGUGGCUGGCGGCCGCUCGGCGGAAGGCCCCGGAGCAGGAGUGGUUACUGCGGCAGCAGCUGCAGGAGGCCCUGGGCAGGACCCUCCCUUCGGAGUCCAGCCCCGAGGUCAGUGACCUGGAUGAGGAGAAGGGGCCUCGGCAGAGGACACACAGGUAGCAGCCCCUACCUGAGGCCCAGUCUUUGAUCCCCACCACACCUUGGCCUCAAGAAUCCUCUGCCCCCAAAGCAGUCCCCUUUCAGCUUCAGAAACCCAGCCUCUGUCUCUUCUCUCCCUCUCCUGAUCCCUCCCACCUACCCCCAAAAUAA